GCUAAGCCGGGCUGGAGCGGAGUGUCUCUGAGGCUGCGCUCCUUGCAGAGCCCAAGGACUUAGAGCUCCCUCCGUCGCCUUCCUGUGACAAACACCGCCACCCUCCAUACCGAAAAAAAAAAAAAGUUGGGAUGCUUUUCUUUACCCAGUGCUUUGGGGCUGUGUUAGAUCUCAUUCACCUUCGCUUUCAGCACUACAAGGCUAAACGGGUUUUCUCCGCCUCCGGGCAACUUGUCUGCGUCGUCAACCCCACACACAACCUAAAGUAUGUCUCCAGCAGACGAGCUGUCACUCAGAGCGCCCCGGAGCAAGGCGGCUUCCCCCCUCACCACCUUACCCACCACCACCACCACCGCCACCACCGCCGUCACCACCACCAUGCCCGGCCCCACCACCUCCACCACCAGGAAGCAGGGCUGCAUGCCCCCGAGGUGACACCCUGCCUGUGCCCCCUGUUCUCCUGCCAGUGGGAGGGCCACCUGGAGGUGGUGGUGCCCCACCUGCAGCAGAUGCACAGGGUCGACAUUCUGCAGGGAGCCGAGAUCGUCUUCCUGGCCACAGACAUGCACCUGCCCGCGCCGGCGGACUGGAUCAUCCUGCACUCCUGCCUCGGCCAUCACUUCCUGCUGGUGCUCAGGAAGCAGGAGCGGCACGAAGGGCACCCACAGUUCUUUGCCACCAUGAUGCUGAUCGGGACCCCCACGCAGGCCGACUGCUUCACCUACCGCCUGGAGCUCAACAGGAACCAUCGGCGCCUCAAAUGGGAGGCCACCCCCCGCUCGGUUCUCGAGUGCGUGGACUCGGUCAUCACAGACGGGGACUGCCUGGUGCUCAACACGUCACUGGCCCAGCUCUUCUCUGACAACGGCAGCCUUGCCAUUGGCAUCGCCAUCACGGCCACAGAGGUCUGCGCUGCCGAGUCUGAGCUGUGAGCAUCAGGCCAUGCUGGAACACCCCCCAGAAGUCCUUGGCCUCCA